AUGGGUGUUCCAACCACAACCACCGACAACACACUCACAUCCCUAAAGACCUCACGAAAACAAACAACCUCGCAUCGUAUAGCUUUAGGCGAUGUCACACAAAAUAACAUGGGGCAGUUAAAACGCCUAAAUUCUGUUCUGUUUCCGGUGCAUUACACUGAUAGAUUCUAUAAAGAUGUACUAGAGGUGGGAGAGUUUGCGAAGUUGGCCUAUUUUAAUGAUGCCUGUGUGGGUGGAGUAUGCUGCCGCAAAGAACUUAUCGCUGGCACACCCGAAAAAUCGAAACUCUAUAUCAUGACAUUGGGAGUGUUAGCACCAUAUCGAAAUCUAGGUCUAGGCACAGCCCUUCUAAAACACAUAUUAGAACACGCGCACUCCAUCAACUCAUCCCCUACACCACAGAAUCAUCCAAAAUUCACAGAGGUUUAUCUGCAUGUGCAGACGUCAAACAACGAGGCGAUCUCCUUUUAUAAGAAAUACGAUUUUGAGAUUGUUGGCACUAUCCAAGAUUAUUAUAAGAAAAUCACGCCACCUGACGCGUAUAUUCUAAGUAAGAAACUUUUGGUGGAGUAA